AUUACAAGUUAAUUUUUAUUUGUAGAGUAAAGAUCUUUUUUUGUACUGUAAAUGAAGAUAAAAUUAAGAGAGCUGUUACAGUAUCUAGUUACUGAGUGUAGUGGUAAAAUACUGCUGUGAGUGUGAGAUGAUGGGAUGCUGCGCUGUUAUAACUGUUAUACAUGAUGACGGGCUGCAACAACUGUCUUAUGCUCUGUGCAGGCAGUAAAAUCAUACCUAAUGGACAUCUGCUGGACAUGGUCGUUGUCAUGUCCCAUCGGAACGAGAGGUAGGACCCAAAUGCAGGAACUCGGAAGACGCAAGGUAGUUCAAGAAGAGACACGUUUAUUAUAUGCCGAGGUCGGGGAUCGAGCAGGCAGUCCGGUGCAGCAGCGGUUGUUGGGGCGUCGGGCGAAGAGAACAGAUGAGCGGACAGGCAGGAGUCGGUACACGGGGAAACAAUCAACGCAGGCAGAAGUGUCAAGGAGUCAGGCUUACAAGGUUGGUCAGAGAACGGACGGAGGUCGAUACACACGGGUUCAGUCAGGAAUACGAGAGUGCUGGAACGGGACAUAAAGCUCAACGAACUGGCGGAGGACCAGUCGUCACCGGGUCCUAUAUAUACGGGGGAUGAUCAGGCCGCAUGAGGCACAGGUGUGUGCCUCCCAAUCAGCGCAGCCGCACAACUCGUGCUGAAGUGGCAGGAUCAUGACAGUCAUGCUGUAAUUGACUUAACAAUGAUAUCCACAGCGGAGGUCAUCCAAGUGAAUCAUUUCUCCAUCUCAUGUAUUAACGGAGAGCGCACCCCUGCCCAUGUGGAACUGGACAUUAAAAGAGACAACCAAAUCCUCAUAUUCCCAAAGAUGCCAAACUUCAAACUACAUAAACCAAGGAACAAGAAGGUUGUGGCCAGAGAGUUCAGAGAUUUGGAUAACAUUGGUAUAUUUUACUGUGAAUCAACCCAGGAAGUUCCUCCGGUUGAGACAGUCACAAUGAUAAACAACUUCGGCAGAGCAAAUUUUGUCCCAACUCACCUGACAAUAACUGCUAAUAAAGGGGAAACAGUUCACCUCAGCAUGGUGCUGCUGAGUUCCCAAAAGAGAGAUGUGACCUGGAAGUACAAUGGAAAUUACUAUUACAUGACUCACUGGAACGACAUGGUCAACCGCACUGCUGUGCUGACAGUGGAGAACGCAGCUUUGGCUAAUCAAGGAAUCUACAGUGCUAGCUAUGUGGGGGACAGUCCUCUUCAGGGGGCCUGGAUGAGACUCAUCGUCAGAGCUUGUCCAAAUAAGAAAUGGAGUCCGGACUGUGACAAGGACUGCCCAGAAUGCCUCAGUGGUGGAGUCUGUCAUGAUAUGGAUGGAGACUGUAUCUGCCCUCCUGGAUUCAUGGGAACACGCUGUGAGACAGCCUGCAGAGAAGGAAUGUUUGGCCGAAACUGCCAAGAGUCGUGUAGCUCCGAACUGAACUGCAGGGGGCUUCGAUUCUGCUUACCAGACCCUUAUGGCUGUUCCUGUGGUAGCGGCUGGUAUGGGACGCGAUGUGAGAAGGCCUGCCAUAAUGACAUGUAUGGACCAGACUGCAGGCUGAGCUGUAGAUGUCAGAAUGGAGGCGUAUGCAAUCGCUUCAGUGGAUGUCAGUGUCCCACAGGAUGGAGAGGACAAAACUGUGAAAAGUCUGACCGGGCCCCAGAGAUUCUGGACUUGGAUAGUAAUUUGGAGUGGAAUCUCAAUUCCAGCCCGAAGAUCUAUUGCUCUGCAACUGGUAAUCCUUUGCCCAGUCAUAACAGCAUUGAGCUCCGAAAGUUGGACAGCACUGUGCUCAAGGCAUCACACACUGUCAUGGAUUCUAAUAAAAGUAUAGCCAUGUUUGAAAUUCCACGUCUGAGCGCUGAACAAGGAGGAUUGUGGGAGUGUAGGGUGUCGACCAACGGAGGCCAGGACUCCCGUAAAUUCAAUCUUACCAUUAAAGAACCACCAGUUCCCACCACUGCUCCCAUACUGCUGGAAAAGAGGAGCAAGCAGCUACUUGUGAUGCCCAUGGACUGCCACAGAGGAGAUGGGCCCAUUGUCUCCACUACGCUCCUCUACAAGCCUGUCGAGAAUGAUGAUUCUUGGUCUUCCAUAAUAGUGUACAGUGACAAAGAGCCGAUAACACUGAUGAACCUGGAGCCUUCAACACGGUACCGUGUGCGGGUCCAGCUGACUCGCCCUGGCGCAGGAGGAGAAGGUGCCCCGGGGCCAGAGGCCAUCAUGGAGACUGAUUGUCCUGAGCCCACAGUCCAACCUGAGAUUGACAUCAGCUCGGUGGAAGGUCGCAAUGUCACUGUGCGAUGGCGACUGCCAAGCGACAGUGGUAUAAAUGUCGAGACAGCCAGUGGCUUUUUAGUGCAGCUGUUCGGGCCACGGCCCCACAGUGAAAAACUCCUGGAGGGGACCACCUUAUUAAACGUUCUGUCCAAAAAGUUCUACAACAUGGAGUAUCAACAAGACUACACGGUGGUGGUGCGCCUCAUCAACUGUGGCAGCCAGGGGCCUCCUUCGAAGCCCUACCACAUCCGCAUCAACAGCCAGGGCCCAUCACCGCCACGUAAUGUCCAGGCCCUGUCCCUGUCCCUGUCAGCCAUCCAGUUGAGGUGGCAGCCCCCCGAAGAUGUUAAUGGAGGUGUCAUGAAAUACGUCAUUGAAUACCAGCCAGUUGGCCAGGGGAGUCCACAUCUUUGGGUGGACACAGAUGAUGGGAACAAGACCACGAAAGAUGUUAAGGCACUCAACGGCAGCACCCUCUACCAGUUCAGAGUGAGGGCUUUUUCCAAGGUGCCAGGGGAAUGGAGCAAGUUUGUUCAAGCCACUACACAAGGGGACGGCCUGGAAAGUUUAACUCCGACCACCCAAGGUGUGGCUCGGAGACCUGCAGGGGACAACUACCAGCUGUUGGUGGCAGUGGUGGGCUCGGUGACGGUCACGUGUGUGACCAUCCUACUGGCACUGCUUGCACUUUUCUUCAUCCGCAAAACUCUACUUAACCGUCGUCGCACAUUCACCUACCAAUCCGGAUCGGGUGAGGAGACAAUUCUACAAUUCAACUCUGGGACUCUGACUCUGACCCGAAGGCCAAAGCCCACCCCAGAACCUCUUACUUAUCCAAUAUUAGAAUGGGAAGACAUUAAGUUUGAAGAUGUCAUUGGUGAAGGCAAUUUUGGACAGGUGAUCAAAGCUAUGAUCAAGAAGGAUGGCAACAAGAUGAGUGCAGCCAUAAAAAUGUUGAAAGAGUUUGCCUCAGAAAAUGACCACCGAGACUUUGCUGGGGAACUGGAAGUGCUGUGUAAACUAGGCCAGCAUCCCAACAUCAUCAAUUUGAUUGGAGCUUGUGAGAACAGAGGUUACCUGUAUAUUGCCAUAGAAUAUGCUCCCUACGGGAACCUUCUUGACUUCUUGCGAAAGAGUCGGGUCUUGGAGACUGACCCUGCCUUUGCCAAGGAGCACGGCACAGCCUCAACGCUCACCUCCCAGCAACUACUGCAGUUUGCUGUUGAUGUAGCAACUGGGAUGCACUAUCUCAGUGACAAACAGUUCAUUCACAGAGAUUUGGCCGCCAGAAAUGUCCUUGUUGGCGACAACCUUGUGGCAAAGAUAGCAGACUUUGGUCUGUCCCGUGGUGAGGAAGUUUAUGUCAAGAAGACAAUGGGUAGGUUACCUGUUCGUUGGAUGGCCAUCGAGUCUCUGAACUACAGUGUGUAUACAACCAAAAGUGAUGUGUGGUCUUUUGGAAUUCUCCUUUGGGAGAUUGUAAGCCUAGGUGGCACGCCAUACUGUGGUAUGACCUGUGCUGAGCUUUAUGAAAAACUGCCACAAGGCUACAGGAUGGAGAAGCCCAAGAACUGUGACGAUGAAGUGUAUGAGCUGAUGAAACAGUGCUGGAGGGAUCGGCCUUAUGAAAGACCCCCCUUUUCCCAAGUCUCAGUGCAGCUCAACAGGAUGCAAGAGGCCAGGAAGGCCUAUGUGAACAUGGCGCUGUUUGAGAACUUUACUUACGCUGGAAUAGACGCUACCGCGGAGGAGGCCUGACUACCAGCCCCCCCAGGCCCUGGCACGCCACGUAACCUCAAGAGGAAGCCCAAACCUUUGUCACCACGUUACUGCCACCUCCCCGCUGCUAACCACAGAGACAGGAGGACCAGACGCUCGUUCAAAACCACCCAACUAUAGAUGGAGGACUGUGAAAGGACACGGAGUGAACGUAUUUGAGGGUUCAGAAGAUGCAGAGCGUGGCCUUGGAUGGAGGAAACCACUACCGGCCCAUUUUACUGAGGAAAUUCAAAUCGCCUGGCUUCUGUUGUUGAACAUAUUACACUUUUGACUAAGUGUCAAAGGUCAUGAAGUGAUGUGGCUUACUAAAACACCACAGGGUCUGUGGGGUGCUUAUGCUGGAUCUGAUUUGCUCUUUGUUCCCCGAGAGGAACGGACACAGAGUAAAUCACAAUCAUUUCAGUUCUCGGAAUAUUAGAAACACGUACAAUGUAGCACUUAACACCAGCCAUUUUGAAUACACUCUGUGUAUUAUCACUGCCAUGUGAACUACUGUACAGUAUAUAUAUUUAAUAGUGUUUUGUUAUCAAAACCUCCUAUAACCUGAAUGUAUUAGCACAAAUGCACUAAUGGUUGUAUGAAUUUUUAAGAACAUAAAACCAUGGGUAUAUUUUUUUUUUUACACAUUCUUUUUCUGUGUGGUUGUGGCCUUUUGUUCACCUGCAACCUAUUUUAGGUCACUGUUUGGAACACCAAACUCACUUUUUAGUGCACUAGCUAAACCGAAAAACCGGCAUUUCAUGUUUUAUUUCAAAAAUGUUUUCCUCCUUUUUGGAAUGCAACCAAAAGCAGUGAAAGUGGUGGUGGUGGCGUGCUUCCAUAUUCUAACAAAGAAGGAAACAAUUCUCACAAUUUAAAUACACAGAUUUUUUUUCAAAGAUAAGCAAUACUUUAAUCAAUUUACAGAACGUAGCAGAUACAACUUAAUGUAGCACCAACAAAAGUAUAUCUGAUAUCCAUAUUAUUAACUAACUAGGCAUACAAACAUUUAGAUGAAAAUCUGUUGAGCACAUAUUUCUCAUGGUUAAAGUUCUGCAAUUUAAAAAAUGACAUAAAUUUCCUGAAAUGCAUAAUUACACUCGUGAUAAGUAACAUAAUGGUCAUGCCCCACCCAGUGGAAUAAAUUAAGGGUGUGAAUGCAUAGUGGAUAAAAGUACCAAAAGGGCACAACUGUAAAAAAGUGUGAGGGUGCGGGGCCCCAUUUCACCCCUGGUUCUGCUGUCUCUGAAUGCAAUGCAGAUUUUUACCCCGGUAUUUUGUUUUUUUUAAUGUUAUACUAAUUUCAUAUUCAAAAUGAUAUAAGUAAUAGCAAUUAGUUCCCUUGUGGGUCAAAUUUUCCUAUAUUUGUCAUUGUUCUUUUUUUAAUAGUUUACUGACAGGUUUUACUUUUUACCAGUGUUUGAUGACUAAAAUGGCCUUACAGCUGGGGAGAAUAACAAAUCUUUUGAUUUGGCAAUAAAAAAAAUCAUUAAAAGUGUUUGUGUAAGUGUGGCUGUGGCCUUGCGUGAUCCUCUGAGAGUUUGUAAUUGGCAAACAUUCAUGUAACCAUAUACAGUAUAUAGAAACCAUGUUUUUUUUCAAUGUGUAAAUGAUUUAAUCAAUUACAUUCCCGCCUACAGUGACAAAUUUUUCUGAGGAUUCAAAUCAUGAUCUAAAAUGUUUAAUCACGUAUAUGUGUGCGAUUUAACAAUAUUUGCUUGAAUGUCUCUCAGUGAGAAUGUACAGUACAGUAUUUUUUUUACCUUCACCAAAUAAAACUUUUGAUAAACAG